AUGCUUCAUCUCCCUCUUUGCUUUACCUCCCUCUCUGUUUUGUCUCUCUAUCUCUCUCUGUUCCCAUCCCUCUCUGUUAUAUCUCUCCUCUAUCUGUCUCUCUCUCUCUCUCUCUGUGCUAUCUCUCUCUCUCUAUGCAAUAUAUAUCUACUUCUCUGUGUAACAUCUGCUCCCCAUCUCUCCUUCCCUUCACAUCUAUGUUUAUUUACUACCUAUUGCUUUAACUCCCUCUGCACUUCACAUCACCCCCAUCUACAUCUCUCUCUCUCUUUGUGCUCUGCCUGCCUCUCUCUCUUUCUCUUUCUGCUUCACCUCCCUUCUUGUGCUUCACCUCCCUUCUUGUGCUUCACCUUCACAUCUACAAUCCCUCUCUGUUGCAUCUCUCUCUCUUCCUCUCUCUUUCUCCCUCUCUCUAUGCUCUGUCUCUCUCUCACUCUCUCUGUAUUUCACAUCCCUCUCUGUUACAUUUUGCCCUCUUUGUCUGUCUGUCUCUCUAUAUGCUCUGCUUCUCCCACUCUCUCUGUACUUCACAUCUCUCUUUGUUAUAUUUCUCACUCUCUGUCUGUCUGUCUGUCUGUAUGCUCUGCCUCUCCUACUCUCUCUAUAUUCCACAUCCCUCUCUGUUAUAUUUCUCCCUCUCUGUCUGUCAGUCUGUCUCUCUAUAUGCUCUGCCUCCCCACUCUCUCUGUACUUCACAUCCCUCUCUGUUAUAUUUCUCCCUCUCUGUCUGUCUCUCUAUAUGCUCUGCCUCUCCCACUCUCUCUGUACUUCACAUCCCUCUCUGUUACAUUUCUCCCUCUCUGUCUGUCUCUCUAUAUGCUCUGCCUCCCCACUCUCUCUGUACUUCACAUCCCUCUCUGUUACAUUUCUCCCUCUCUGUCUAUUUGUCUGUCUCUCUAUAUGCUCUGCCUCUCCCACUCUCUCUAUACUCCACAUCCCUCUCUGUUAUAUCUCUCCAUCUUUGUCUGUCUGUCUGUCUGUCUCUCUAUAUGCUCUGCCUCCCCCACUCUCUCUGUACUUCACAUCCCUCUCUGUUACAUUUCUCCCUCUCUCUCUGUCUCUCUAUAUGCACUGCCUCUCUCUGUGCUUCAUCUCCCACUUUGUACUCUACAUCUCUCCCUUUCACUCUCUCUAUCCUGCUUUUUCUUUUUUUUUUUCUCCUUUCUCUUUCCUUCUGUCAAAUUCUUUCUUCCUUAA